GCAGGUUUGUGUUUUCUUUGUUCAGGCUGUGAGAAGACCUUCAUCACGGUGAGUGCUCUGUUUUCCCAUAACCGAGCCCACUUCAGAGAACAGGAACUCUUUUCCUGCUCCUUUCCUGGUUGCAGCAAACAGUAUGACAAAGCCUGUCGCCUGAAAAUUCACCUGAGAAGUCAUACAGGUGAAAGACCUUUUAUUUGUGACUCUGACAGUUGUGGCUGGACCUUUACCAGCAUGUCUAAACUCCUGAGGCACAAAAGGAAACACGAUGAUGAUCGGAGGUUUAUCUGCACUGUGGAAGGCUGUGGGAAGUCAUUCACGAGAGCAGAGCAUCUGAAAGGCCACAGCAUCACCCACCUGGGCACAAAGCCGUUUGAGUGUCCUGUGGAAGGGUGCUGUGCCAGGUUCUCCGCUCGUAGCAGUCUCUACAUUCACUCCAAGAAACACCUGCAAGACGUGGUUGCUCCAAAAAGCCGUUGCCCAGUGUCCAACUGUAAUAGACUCUUCACCUCCAAGCACAGUAUGAAGGCACAUGUGGUCAGGCAGCACAGCCAGCGCCAAGAUCUCUUCCCUCAGUUAGGAGCUCCAAGUUCUCUUCCACUCAGCAGUGAACUAAGCAGCCCAGGCCAAAAUGAGCUCAACAACAUCGACCUGGCCGCACUCUUCUCUGAUGCACCUGCUGAUGAGAGUAGUGCAGCAGGGGCCUCGGACGAGGCGCUGACCUCUGGAAUCCUGACUAUUGAUGUGACUUCUGUGAGCUCCUCUCUCAGAGGGAACCUCCCUAAUAAUAGUUCCUUAGGGCCGAUGGUCUUGGUGGCCCACAGUGACAUUCCUCCCAGCCUGGACAGCCCUCUUGUUCUCGGGACAGCAGCUACAGUUCUUCAGCAAAGCAAUUUCACUAUGGAUGAUGUGCAGACUGUAAGUGCAGGAGCAUUAGGCUGUCUGGUAGCUCUGCCUGUGAAGAACUUGGGUCAGGACCCACAGGCUUUGACCUCCAGCAGCAGUUUACCAGCGAACACCACCACACUGACCUCUUCAAGCACCCCACCAGGAAACACCAGUGUCCCAGAACUGCUGACUUCAAUCAAAGUGGAACCACACUCGCCUCCUGGCCCUGAUGCUGUCAGGCAGCAAGAACGAAACAGAGAGGUACCUUGGCCUGUGUUUUCCAGCCUUCCAGGAAGGCACAGUCCUCAGAAAGACACAGGCCUCAGUGCAGGGACUGGCAACUUCUCUUUGCUGAGUGACGGGCUGCCUCGAUUCUCUGAGCACAGAUGGUGUGUGGUGAAUGGGUUACAGGAAAGUGGGGGCUCAGCAAGAACUGAUUCCCGAGCCAUUCAACUAGCCAAGAAAAAAAAGCAGAAAGGAACUGGGAGCAAUGCAGGAGCCUCAGGGUCUACUCAGAGAAAAAUGAAAGGUGGCAAAGUCACUCCUACUCACUUGUAUGCAAACCAGAGUGGUUGGUUGUGUGGGAACCUUGUGGUGCCCGGCGGAGGUCUGCCAGGACCAGCUCCAGCAGCUGGGGUGCAGUGUGUUCAGGCCCAGUUACUGCAGGACGGCCCCUCAGAUGAAGGAGUCUUGCCAGUGGUGCUGAGCCCGCAGUCUUCCACCUUCCACCCCCUGCUCGCUGUUGGUGUGCCCGUCUAUGUCCUCCAGGAGGUGCAUCCUGCUGCCGGAGGGGCUUCUGGGCCUGAGGACACGCACAGCACAGGCAGCACUGUCAACCUACAGGACCUGCAGUGAAAGCUGCCCUCUACUGGGGGACCCAAGGGCGACGCCUCCCAUCUGUGUCCCCUAGAGACUGUUACGUGGUCUUGCAGGCCUGGCUGAGAGCCCACUUGGUUUCUGCUCAGAAGGCCAGCCUAGUUCUUCAGAGACUUUUGGGUACACUCACUGAACAUGUUUUUUCUUACAUUCUAUCAGGAACCAGUUAGGGGCCGUUCUGUUUAAAACUGCCUUGUCUAAGCAAAGUGCUUCAGUGAGGCAAAGAUUGCCUUCCUAGCAAAGCACAUCCCUCUUCUGUACUUGUGCCUGUGUGCGCACAUCCCUUAUUCCAUUCAUCUGAGCCAUAGAGCACCAGUUGCAUUUACAAAAACAGACUUGUGCAGGAAAUAGAGAACAGGUCCCCUAGUGAAAUACAACUGUAUCUGUAGUAAACCCAGAAAGGGUCUUUCAGCUUUGCAGUCUCAGCAUUUGCCCUGAGAGAGAUCUAAACGCCCUGCUUUCCCUUUCUGAGAGCUAUGUGACAGGCUGUUUCCCACCCCUUUGAAUGGUGCUUGUAGCGGGGUUGACUUUUGUCACACUGUGGGGCAGAAGUGGGCUGCUUGUCACAGGAAGCCGAAUUCUCAUCCAUGUUCUGGCAGACCAGGCAGGCUGCUGGUGUGAGAGGAAAUUAUUGAGGUGAAGUGGACACAUCGGGGACCCUGUUUGUGAGCCCUCUGUGUAGACCAAAUUUUGAGCUCAUAGUUUUGGAGAUGGUAGAAUUAAAACAUUCAAAAUAAUUUUUUUAAAUUCUGUAUUUGGGUACUAAUGUUUAAUAAUAAUUUGAGGAUGGUUUAUAAAGUCAUGUUCAGAAUACUAUAGAUUAUGUGCAGGAUUGUAAUGAUGGCAUGCAUAUGUUUUUGUUGAGGUUGAAGGUGUGCAUAUCAUGGCACCACGUAUUUUGCAGUGUUAAUUCUGUCUUGCAAAAGGAGACGAGUUGAUAACCUUGCACAUAUUUGUUAAUUGGUUAGUGGACUGGACACGAUCACUCAGAAAUGCUGUGUUUGCCUUAUGCCUUUUGAAGUGUGUGUUUAUUAAGAUGCUACUUUGGUUCUCAGACUUGGAAUCAUCCAAACUCUGCCCAUCCUGUGUUUCUUUGUUUCUUGAGUGUUUGGACUUGGGCUCUUGGGAGUGACCUAGCAUUCAGUUGUGAUUCCUCUGUCCUAUUCUGAGGUGCCAUCCCCUCCUGCUCAGUGCUUCUCUAGCUGAAGGAAUUUAGGCCCCAUUUAUAAAUGGUUCGUACAGAACUCUGUGCUGCUUCACAAACAAUUUCUGUGCUCAUGUGGCACCUCAGCCUCCAGGUCCUCCAGAAAUCCCCUCCCUCUCCAAGGAGCCAAGCCUGUUGGCCAGGGUGGCCAUACCUCACUGACCUCUGAAGGAGGACGUACUGCUGGACCUUUCUCCAGCACAUCCCCCAGUGAAUGUCCACUACAAAGUGAUUGGUACUGACUGUCAGUUUUCUGGGCACUGAGGUCCCCUGUUGGCAGUGGACCCAACCCUAGUGCAAAUGAAUAAAAGUUUUUGUAUAGUUACAUA